AUGGUUAAUAAAUGUUGUGUUUGUGGCUGUAAAUCUAGGUAUACGUCAGAAAAUCGUUUGGAGUCUGAGAUUACCAUUACGGUAAAACAGAAAAUCACGUUUCAUAAAUUUCCAAUUGAUAACGAAGAAUUAGCAAGAAAGUGGUUGAAAAAUAUCGCGAGAAAAGAUUUUCAUCUUUCGCAACGUGCCAGGAGACUAGGUUCAGCUUCAAUCACGCCUGCUUUUUUCAAUGAAAUCGAAACCAUGUUGGAGCAGGUAUCGUUGGGUGCUGAUUUUGUGACACUGACUGAAGAUUUGAACGUACACGUUGAAAGAACGGAUGAUGAUCAUGCUGCCAACUUUCGAGAAAUCUCUGAACUAUUCAAUAUGCGUAAUAGAGGCUCCUCAAUGAAUUUUGCAAACAGAUGGGUCUUGAGAUCCGCUCUGAACUUCGUAAGUGAUGGAAAAGUAGUCAGAGAAGUAGGUAGAGAGUUUCAGAGAAAAGGACCAGAAAAAGCGAAUACAGAUUUAGGAAAAGAUUGUUUAACAAUGAACCAUAAUUUGAUAUGUUUACAACUAAAGAUGGGUCUUGAGAUUUCUUGCGAGGUCUUCGCAAGUGAUGGAGAAGUAGUCAGAGAAGUAGGUAGAGGGUUCCAGAGAAAAAGACCAGAAAAAGCAAAAGCAGAUUUGGCAAAAGAGUGUUUAACACGAGUUAAAAAAAAGCGAGAAGAAGAAGACGAUCGUAAACCGGGGCGUUUAGGUUCAAUUAAUAUUCAUACUCAUACUCAUGUUCAUGGUGGUACCUUGGAUUUGGUGGCUUCAUCGAUGGAACUUCCGACAUUUGCUUGUUCGGUGGGUCCUUGUGGUUUGUUUUCUGAUCAGGGUUUGGUUCAAGUUAAAUUUCCUUUUAUUUUCAAGUUGCCGGUAGGAACGUGGCAACAAAUUGCUAGAUUGCAAAUUGACUCUGUCAGAAUCAACAACUCUGAUAUCUCAUUCUGCAUUAGGAGAAGAAAAUUGCAAUGUUUACAAUGCGAGUGUACGUCAAAUUGCGAGUUGCCUAACGAUGUUUAUACGUUCUUUCAAAAUCAUGUAAAUUUUAAAUGGUUUUGUGAUACGUGUCUCAAAGUCAACAUUAACGUAUCACUGCUCACAGUAACAAAGGAGGUGUUAACUAAAGUUGAUAACUUGAGCGUUUUGAAUAAUUCGAUCAGAGCUGAAAUGGUGGCCAUGAAAGCUGUGAUGGAUUCAAAUGAAUCGAAGCUGAACAAUUUCGAUUGUACAAACACGGUUUUUGAAGAGAAGAUGCAAAUGCUUAAAAAGGAUAUGAAAUCGAAUUUUGCUGGAGUUGUUAAGAGGGGCAUUGAUGAUGUUGGCAUUGAAAUGAAGAAAACGUUGGUUCAGGUCAAUGAUGUUAGUACAGAAGUGAAAAAAACGCUGGUUCAGGUCAACGAUGUCAGGGAAAAAGAACCCAACCUCAUGUUUUUAGACUGCCUGAAAAGGAUAAUUAUAAAAAUCAAGUUCUACAGAUGUUGCGCCAGUUGA